AAGAUCAUUGUACACUUGUAUUUUGGAGACAAAUGAAAUCAGGAGACAACGAAGCUGUGUAAGUGCGAACAAGCCAAUCCUACUUCUCUGUCCCGAAAUUCCAUAACACUUUGCCCAAAGCUUGCAACACGGGCCUGAAAAAGAAGCUAGCCAAAGUUAAUAACCAAAUGGUUUCAGGUCAAUAAGGAGAUCAAAUCUAUGCUUUCAUUGUUACUUCUCGCAAUUCCCAAAGCAUUAAAUCAGAUCGUGGGUAAUAGGUCUAUCGUCAUUGUCAAAUAUCGAGGCCUCAAAGGUGAAAGUGAUCCAAUUUCAGCCAGUAGUCUCGAGAGCAUUUUCAUCUUUGAUUGUUCGGGAGAAUUGACUCUUUCAAUCUUAUCCUUGCAUGAUUUUUGGCUUAUCAGAAGUAUAUUUGUGGGACUCUUGCAGCUUUUUAGCUUGUCUGUGUGUGUGUAUGUUUUGCUUUCAAGCCUGGGGUGCAUGGAAUACGCGGCGCCAAGGAAUAAUCAAAGAUCUAGGCAAGAUUGUGUUUCAAACAAUUAAUCUGUGCUUGGCCGCGUGUUGCUUACACACAACCUCGGCUUUUGUUCGGAAGCGGGCAAGAACAAUCAGAUGGACGUGUGUGUGUGUGUGUU